AUGCAAUUUGACCUCAUCCCAUAUGAGGACCUCAAAGGUGACUGGCACAAGCUAGGCAGCGGGAGCUUCGGGAACGUCUACAAAGGCACUUACCUUGGCACGGAUGUCGCCAUCAAAGAGGUGCUCCCGAGCACGGAUUACGACGUGAGGAAGUACUUCGAGCGAGAGUGGAAGUUGAUGCGCGAGGCGAGACACCCCAAUGUGGUGCUCUUCCUUGGUCUUUCGUACGCCCCAGACGGGAGGGUUUUCAUCAUCUCCGAGUUCAUCGAGAAUGGUAAUCUUCGCCAGUACAUCUUUGCGAAGAGCAAGCCUUUCCCAUGGCGCCUUAGACUGAGCUUCUGCAUCGAUAUUGCUCGCGCUCUCGCCUACCUACACGCUCGGAAGUGCGUUCACCGGGAUAUCAAGGGCGAGAACCUGCUGCUCACCUCCAAUGGCCGGCUUAAGAUCACCGACUUCGGCUUUGCCCGCAUUACGCCGCGGUCCCCAGAGGAAGCGAAACGUCUGACUUAUUGUGGGACGGACGCAUAUAUGAGCCCCGAAAUCCUCAUGGGCGAUCCAUUUGAUCUACCUACCGACGUGUUUAGUCUGGGGGUAAUCUAUUGUGAGAUUGCCUGCAGGAGGGUGGCAGAUGAUCGGACGUUCAAGCGAGCAGCGCCGAUGUAUUCUCUGGACCCGAGGGAGCUUUAUGCACUCUCCUCCCCCGGCUGUCCACCGGAACUCAUUCAGCUCGCACUUGACUGCUGUAGCGUCUUCCCUGCCAAACGACCAUCGAUGGUUGAAGUCCUCUCCCGUCUCUCGGCUAUCGAGGCGCAAGUUCUCGCCCGAGGGGACGAAGACCUCAAGCCGGUGGGGACAAUAAAGUUCUUGACUGGCGUCGCUGGAGCGGGAGCUGGGAGCAGACGGCCGAGGCAGGCCCCGAGGAUCCCCAGCUUUGGUAUGGGCGUGGGAAAGGACAUCCGAUUUUCCGCCAUACGGAUUGAGGAUAUCCAAGUACCCCCUCGUGUCAGCCCUAUCGACGUACCUGCCUCGCCACCUUCCGAGUAUGGCGAGGAGCCCGAAACGUUACAGGUCGAAGCCGCGAUCGAGGGCGAGGACGAUGCCGACGACGCGCCAGACGAGCAAGACGAGCCUCUUGUGCCUGACCAGCCCGCAGUCGUUAAGCGUACUCCGAGCUGGGCCGAAUACGGAAGUGUCAUGAUAGGCCGGAGCUCGAUGUUGGGGGAUAGGAGCGGGUGGUCUCAAGCUGGUACGUGA